UAGAGCCACUCGGUCCCGACCGACCUGUGUAACAUGAAUCUAAUGCAGCUGCUCUGUUUGCUCCCUCAGGUCUGGUGAUAGGCUUCUCUAUGACUCCACCCGUACUCGACAGCUCCAGAGACCAUCUAGUGAUCCACGUCCACCAAACACUCUCUGUCACAUGCAGGGGAGAGCGUACCCUGGUCUGGUCCUGGCCGGAUAAGGAGCUGCUCGGGCAGGAGCUCGUGGACCGUCAGGCCCAGCCUCAGACCACCAGAGUCCCUGGGCAGAGGACCGUCUUGAUCAGCGAAUGUCCCGGACAAACCGGGAAGCCGUACUGCAAGAGGCUGGUUCUGAAUGGAGCGCAGGGCAGAGACACAGGCUUCUACCGGUGCUCCUAUAAGGACAGGAAGGCCAUCGACGGCACAACUGCUGUGGGUGUUUAUGUGUUUGUCAGAGACCCGACGCAGCCCUUCCUCAUCAGAGGCAACGCCAGCCACGGCCUGCAGACUAUUUUCAUCACUCGCUCCACCACACACGUCACUGUGCCGUGUCUGGUUACGGUUCCUGACCUGAACGUCACCCUCUUCUCUUAUCCAACAUCUCUGGAGAUGAGUGGGAUCACGUGGGACAACAAGCGAGGCUGGUCCAUUCCCAGAUGGAUCAUUGACAGUGUGCCGAUGGUCUUUGUUGGAUGUGUGGCCUCACUGGGAGGCAAAGAAUACCGCACUGGUGACUACCUGAUCCACCCCACCGGAAGUCAGAUUUACGAAGUCAAGCUGUUUCCUGAGGAGUCGGUGGAGCUCCUAGUGGGGGAGGCCCUCACCCUCAACUGCACUGCGAUGGUGGAGUUUGACGCUGGUGUGGACAUCCAGUGGUCCUAUCCUGGUAAACAGACAAACAGUUGGGUGGAAACAAAGCCUUAUCGAGAAUCUCUGUCUCAUGCCACGGAGGCGGCCCGAGUCCUGACCAUCUACAGUGUCAAUGUCACAGACAGUGGGCCGUACGUCUGUAACGUCACCAUCAUGGAUACAUCACAGACCAUUCAGACUCAGGUCACUGUUCACGAAAGGCCGUUUAUCAAACUGGACUACAGAGACGGGCCAGUGGUGGAGGUAACGGCCGGCCAGAAAUCCUUCAAGUUACAGCUGAACGUCUCUGCCUUCCCCACACCUGAAACUCAGUGGUAUAAGAAUGGGGAGCCGGUGAACCACCGGCCAGAGUUCAAGAUAAAAAGGAUAAGGAUGCAUUCUAACCACGCUCUGGAGGUUAAGGACGUUUGUCAGGAGGAUUCUGGGAUGUACACGGUGGUGCUGAAAAACAGAGCUGCGUCGCUGGAGAAGAGGCUCAACGUCACGCUUGUUGUCAACGUUCCCCCACAGAUCCAUGAGAAGGAAGUGGCGGAUCCUUCCAGUCCCUAUCCCAGUGGCAGCAGCCAGAUUCUAACUUGUACCGCCUACGGUCUCCCUGCCCCCAGUGUCAUCUGGCAGUGGAGGCCCUGGGGCCCCUGUGUCCACAACAGCACCCAAAGCCGACUGGUCCGACGAGACAGAAAAGGUCGGAGUGACGGGAACUCGGACUGUCACAACUGGCAGGAGAUUAACUCAGAAAACGGCAUCAAUGAAAUUGAAUCGAUUGAAACGUCUGUGGAAGUGGUGGACCAUCGGCAAAAGAUUGUGAGCAGACUUCAGAUACGCAACGCCAGCGUUUCUGUCAUGUACAAGUGCUCCGCUGAAAACAAAGUGGGAAAAGAUGAGCGACUGAUCUACUUCUAUGUAACCACCAUCCCUGAAGGCUUCAGUGUAGAUGUCCAUCCCUCUGAGACCCCCCUGGAGCAGGAGAACAUGUCUCUGCGCUGCAGUGCUGACAACUACACCUACGAUCAGCUGCAGUGGUACCGUCUCAACCCCCAGGCUCUGCAGGACCAGCAGGGUAGGCUUCCGGAGCUGGACUGCAACAGCAUGCACCGGUACGCUAAACCCCUUCAGGGCGAGCUCUUCUUCCAGAAAAACUCCAACAGCUGGGUGUCAGACUUCACGGUCGAGUCCGUGCGGCUGCCGGAUGAGGGGCAUUAUGUGUGCACGGCUCAGAGCAGGCGCAGUGGCGAGAAGCAGUGUCUGUUCAGAUACAUCUCUGUCAAAGCCCUGGAGGCGCCGCGGUACAAGCACAGCCUCACCAACCAGACGGUGAACAUUACCGAGUCUCUGAGGAUGGAGUGUGAUGCAGACGGCCGACCUCUGCCCCAUCUCUCCUGGUUCAAAGACAACCAGCCCCUCCACCAAAUGUCAGGGGUCCAGCUGCAGGAUUCAAACCGCACCUUGAGCAUCCAGCGGGUCAGAGAGGAGGAUGCUGGACUUUACACCUGCACCGCCUGCAACCAGCGAGGCUGUGUCCAGUCUUCAGCUGCUGUCAGGGUCAUCGGUUCGAGUGACAAGGCCAACGUGGAGAUCGUGAUUUUAGUCGGGACCGGUGUCAUCGCAGUUUUCUUCUGGGCUUUGCUCAUCCUCAUCUUCUGCAACGUGAAACGGGUUAACCCAGCAGACAUAAAGACGGGUUAUCUGUCCAUCAUAAUGGACCCGGGGGAGGUGCCACUGGACGAGCAGUGUGAAUACCUGCCCUACGACUCCUCCCAGUGGGAGAUCUCCAGAGACAGACUCCAGCUGGGAAAGGUUUUAGGUCACGGAGCUUUUGGAAAGGUAAUAGAAGCGUCCAUCUAUGGCACUGGGAAGAGCAGCAGUUUGGACACAGUGGCGGUCAAGAUGUUGAAAGAUGGAGCCACAGCCAGCGAGCACAAAGCUCUGAUGUCAGAGUUAAAGAUACUGAUUCACAUCGGGAACCAUGUGAAUGUGGUUAAUCUGUUAGGAGCCUGCACCAAACCCAACGGGCCUCUGAUGGUGAUUGUGGAAUACUGCAAAUAUGGGAAUCUGUCUAAUUUCCUGCGAGCCAAGCGGGAGUUCUUCCUUCCUUACAGGGACCGCUCUCCCAAAACCCAAAGCCAGGUGAGGCGGAUGAUUGAAGCGGGUCAGAUGCACCAAAGAACCUGUCAGCCACAUCAUGUGUCCUCCUCCUCAUCAUCCAAGGAGUGCAGUCAGCACCCUGUGGUGGAGAAAAUGGAUGACCUGUGGAAAACGCCGCUGACGAUAGAAGAUCUAAUUUGCUACAGCUUUCAGGUGGCCCGUGGGAUGGAGUUCCUGGCCUCGAGAAAGUGUAUUCACAGAGACCUGGCAGCACGAAACAUCCUCCUGUCAGAGAACAACAUUGUGAAGAUCUGUGACUUUGGUUUGGCCAGAGACAUCUACAAAGAUCCCGACUAUGUCAGGAAAGGCAACGCUCGCCUCCCUUUGAAGUGGAUGGCUCCAGAGAGCAUCUUCGACAAAGUCUACACUAGCCAGAGUGACGUGUGGUCUUUUGGAGUCCUCCUCUGGGAAAUCUUUUCUCUUGGUGCAUCUCCAUACCCCGGGGUUCAGAUUGAUGAGGAUUUUUGCAAAAGGCUGAAGGAUGGCUUCAGGAUGAGAGCACCAGAGACGGCCUCCCCAGAAAUAUAUGGCAUCAUGCUGGCCUGCUGGCAGGGUGAACCCAAAGAGAGGCCCACGUUUCCUGCUCUGGUUCAGAUCCUGGCAGACCUGCUGCAGGACAACAGCCUGCCUGAUGGGAAGGAUCACAACCCCCUGAACAACUCACAAAACUCAGAAGAUGAUGGUUUCUCACAGGCUUCAUCCCGACCUGCAUCUGAGGAGGAGCUGAGACAGGCUUUCAGCACGAUGUCCACCAGGUAUUAUAACUGUGUCCCUUUUGCUGGCUGUGUCUUCGUGGGACCCUCGAACAUGGCUCAGCCCAGGGUGAAGAUGUUUGACCACUUCCCCCUGGAGGCCCAGUCUCAGAAAGCUCCUCAGGACAACCAGACGGACAGCGGGAUGGUUUUGGCUUCUGAAGAAUUUGAGCGACUCGAGCACAACCACAGAGGCGCCAUCCUGAAGAGCCGUAUGAGCAGCACCAGCAGCACCGAGCCUCUGACCACCUCCACCUGCUGUCUGGGUCAGAACACCGACCGCCGACCCACCUUCUUCAGCCAGCUGUCAGGACAAACCUUCUACAACAACGAGUACGGCCACCUGACCGAGGAGGGCUUCUGCGACUUCUACUCCCCUCCAAACACCCCCUGCCUGGCUUCCUCUGACGUGUGAUCUCAGCGAAGGGUGGAGGUGUUGAUCGUCUGAGAGAGGAGGAAUAAACGUUGAUCAUUGCUGUGACUGGAGAUCAGGUUCCUUCUGAGCAGAGCUGGCUUUUACUCAUCUCACCGUUCCUCCUCUCUCAGGCUAGGCCUCUACUGAAGGACAUCCUCUAACCAGCCACUGGGUGGCAGCACUCUGACAAAAAUGAUCCAAAAAAAUAUUCUCUGUUCACACAUUUAUAUGUUUGAUCUUUUUCUUUUACUAAAUAUUCUUUAUUUGUACAACUUAUGACUCGCAUUGGAAUAAAAUAAAGAAGUAUCCUCUCA